AUAAACGGGCGAUUUCAGCGACGUUGGUGAUGGGGCUCCUCUCUCUCUCCAUCGUGACAGGACACCACCGACUGUAAACAUGGCGGCGUGCACAGCCAGCGGUCUGCGCGCUUCGCCUCCGUACUGAAGUCCGCAGAAUCCACACAGUUUCAUCAUGGAGACCGAGGAAGAGCAGCACAUGACGACGCUCCUGUGCAUGGGCUUUCCAGACCCCGUGGCCAUUCGGAAAGCCCUUCGCCUGGCCAAAAACGACAUCAACGAGGCUGUGGCUUUCCUCACGAACGAAAGCCCCGGACUCGGCUACGGCUAUGAGCCGAUGGAGAGCGGCCCCAGCCCGGGUUCCGGCCCGGGGGGAGAGGGCGACAACAGCAGCAGGACCGGGACGGGCGGCUUCGACCCUCCGCCCGCUUAUCACGACGUCGUGGAAAGCGAGAGGAGUAAUGAUGAGAAUGGGAACUGUUCUGGGGGCAGUAUGGAGUUUCCCACCACUAACCUGUAUGAGCUUGAGAGCAGAGUAUUCACUGACCACUGGUCAAUCCCUUAUAAGAGAGAGGAGUCACUCGGCAAGUGCCUCAUCGCCUCCACCAGCCUCGCCCGACUGGGCCUGGCUGACGCAGAUGAGAACUGUAAGAGGUUCAUGGACCGAUGCAUGCCUGAGGCCUUCAAAAAGUUGUUGACGUCAAGUGCAGUGCAUAAGUGGGGGACAGAGAUUCAUGAGGGCAUCUACAACAUGCUGAUGCUGCUGGUGGAGCUGGUGGCAGAGAGAGUCAAACAGGACCCUAUUCCUAUUGGCCUCAUGGGAGUAUUGACUAUGGCGGUUAACCCUGAUAAUGAAUAUCACUUUAAGAACCGUAUGAAGGCGAGCCAAAGGAACUGGGCUGAGGUGUUUGGGGAGGACAGCAUGUUUGCCGUCUCUCCCAGCUCCAGCUACCAGAAGGAGCCACAUGGCUGGCUGGUAGACCUUGUGAAUCGGUUUGGAGAGAUGGGUGGCUUCACAGCCAUUCAGAGCAAGCUGAACCAGGAGGAGAUGGAGAUUGGGUGUGUGUCUGCACUGGUGCAGCCGCUUGGUGUGUGUGCUGAGUACCUCAACUCCAGCCUGGUCCAGCCCAUGCUGGACCCUGUCAUCCACAAGAUGAUCACGUAUGUGCAGAAUCUUGAAGAGAAAGACUUGAAGGACAAGAGGUUAGUGAGCAUUCCAGACCUGCUGUCUGCCAUUAAGCUGCUCUGUAUGAGGUUCCAGCAGGAGCUGGUGAACGUGGUGGAUGACCUCAGGCUGGACAUCCUUCUGCGGAUGCUCAAGACCCCUCACUUUAGCGCCAAGAUGAAUUCCCUCAAAGAGGUGACAAAGUUGAUAGAGGAGAGCACAGUGUCCAAGACAGUCAAGAAUGCCAUAGACACUGACAGGCUGCUGGACUGGCUGGUGGAAAACUCGGUCCUCUCGAUAGCACUGGAAGGGAAUAUUGACCAGGCGCAGUACUGUGAUAGGAUAAAGGGAAUCAUUGAGCUGUUGGGCAGUAAACUGUCACUGGACGAACUCUCCAAAAUUUGGAGAAUACAAUCUGGCCAGUCGUCAACGGUCAUAGAGAACAUACACACCAUCAUCGCUGCCGCAGCUGUCAAGUUCAAUUUUGAGCAGCUUAGCCACCUCUUUGUCCUCAUACAGAAAAGCUGGGAGGUUGAAAGUGAUCGAGUCAGACAGAAGCUGUUGAGUCUUAUCGGGAGGAUUGGCAGGGAGGCUCGCUCAGAAGCAACAACAGGAAAGGUGUUGGAGGUGCUGUGGGACUUGGCCCAUCUCCCCACUCUGCCCACCACUCUGGUCCAGCAGGCUCUGGAAGAGCACUUGACCAUCCUGAGCGAUGCCUAUGCUGUCAAAGAAACCGUCAAGAGGAAUUACAUAAUUAAGUGCAUUGAGGACAUUAAGAAGAUACAAAUACAGGAGGAAUCAAAGUCUACCAGCGAGACACAGGUCUCUUUUUUUACUGGCUCCUGGGGAAGGAAGAAACCAAGCUCAUGGGCUAAAUCAUCCCAGCUGAGUAACCCUCAAGCAGUAUGGGUUGUUCCUGCCCUACGACAGCUCCAUGAAAUCACUCGUUCCUUCAUCAAACAGACCUACCAGAAACAAGACAAGAGCAUAAUCCAGGACCUGAAGAAGAACUUUGAGAUAGUGAAGCUAAUCACAGGUUCUCUAGUGUCAUGUCAUCGUCUGGCUGUAUCAGUUGCUGGUUCCAAUGGCCUGUCUGGGUCCACUCUGGUAGAUGGCCGAUACUCUUAUCAAGAGUAUUUGGAAGGGCAUCUGAAGUUUUUGGCGUUCUUUCUACAAGAGGCCAGUCUGUACUUGGUGUGGAACAGGGCUAAAGAGAUCUGGGAGUGCCUUGUGUCUGGCAUGGAUGUAUGUGAGCUGGACAGAGAGAUGUGUUUUGAGUGGUUCACUAAAGGGCAGCAUGAUCUCGAGAGUGAUGUUCAGCAGCAGCUCUUCAAAGAGAAGAUCCUCAAACUUGAGCCUUAUGAGAUUACAAUGAACGGGUUUAAUCUUUUUAAGACCUUCUUUGAGAAUGUGAAUCUCUGUGACCAUCGUCUCAAACGGCAGGGAACUCAACUGUGUGUGGAGCGCUUGGACCUAAUUGGGAUGGACUUUAUAUGGAGAAUCGCCAUGGAGUCACCUGAUGAGGACAUUGCCAACGAGGCCAUUCAGCUUAUCAUCACCUACAGUUACAUAAACCUCAACCCCAAAAUGAAGAAGGAUUCAGUGUCUUUACAUAAGAAGUUCAUAGCUGAUUGUUAUAAGAGGUUGGAGGCUGCCAGCUCGGCCUUGGGUGGCCCAACCUUGACACAUGCUGUUACUCGAGCAACCAAGAUGCUGACGGCCACUGCUAUGCCUACAGUUGCCACAUCAGUACAAUCACCUUCCAGGUCUACUAAGUUGGUGAUCAUUGAGAGGCUCCUGUUAUUGGCAGAGCGAUAUGUUAUUACUAUUGAGGAUCUGUACUCUGUUCCUCGGACUAUUCUACCUCAUGGAGCUUCUUUCAAUGGCCACCCUAUGACGCUACACAUAACCUACGAAUCUACCAAAGACACUUUUACCCUGGAGGCUCACAGCAACGAGACGAUUGGAAGUAUCAGAUGGAAGAUUGCAGAGCAACUCAGCUGUCCGGUGGACAAUGUGCAGAUAUUCGCCAACGACAGCAUGCUGACGAUGAACCGGGAUCAGAAGCUGUUGAACCAGCUGGGUUUCUCUGAUGAGCAGGGUUUGACAGUGAAGAGUUCAGGGACAGGCACUCCUUCUGGCAGUUCUGCAGACAGCUCUGCUUCUGCCAGCUCUAGCAGCAGUGGAGUCUUCAACUCUGCGUAUGCACUGGAGCAGGAGAAGUCCCUGCCCGGUGUGGUGAUGGCUUUAGUGUGUAACGUGUUUGAAAUGUUGUAUCAAUUGGCCAACCUGGAGGAGCCAAGGAUAACACUGCGCGUUAGGAAGUUGUUGCUUCUCAUUCCAACUGAUCCAGAGGUGCAGGAUGCCCUGGAUAACUUUGUGCCAAAAGAGUCCAGCGUCUGGAGCCACCAGAAAACUCUGUUCACUUUGGGUUCUGGCUCUCAGGCCUCAAAGUCCCCAUCACUGUCCAGUAAACAGCAGCAUCAGCAGAGUGCAACAUCCAUCCUGGAGUCAUUGUUCCGCUCCUCUGCCCCGGGCAUGUCCACCUUCAGAGUGCUCUACAAUCUAGAGGUGUUGAGCUCCAAAUUGAUGCCCACUUCUGAUGACGAGAUGGCAAAGACCAGUGUCAAGUCUUUCUGUGAAAACUUCCUCAAAGCUGGAGGCCUCAGUCUGGUAGUUAACGUUAUGCAGAGAGACUCCAUCCCCUCUGAGGUGGACUAUGAGACCAGACAGGGUGUCUACUCCAUCUGUCUGCAACUCGCCAGGUUCUUACUGGUAGGACAGACUAUGCCAAGUAUCCUGGAUGAGGAGCUGAGUAAGGAGGGUCUGGACACUCUGUCCUCACGGCCCUUCCGUAAUGCAGGCAGGCAGAGUGGACGGCAGCUCUCCCUCUGUGGAACCCCAGAGAAAUCCUCCUACAGGCAGAUGUCUAUGUCUGACAGGUCCUCCAUUAGAGUGGAGGAGAUCAUACCAGCAGCACGAGUCGCUAUUCAGACAAUGGAGGUUGGGGACUUCACUUCCACAGUGGCCUGCUUUAUGCGGCUCACCUGGGCUGCUGCCGCUGGCAGAUUGGACCUUGUGGGAAGCAGUCAGCCAAUCAGAGAGAGUACUAAUUCACUGCUGCCUCUAGGAGUCCGCAGCCGAGUCAGCAGCACAGGCAGUAACUGCAGCUCCAGCAGUGAGGGAGAGGCCACCACUCUGCAGGCUGGUAUUUGUGUCAAACAGCAGUGUGUGUCCAUUAAAGACACCAUCAUCGCCCGAGAAGCGCUCUCUCUUCUGGUCACCUGCCUGCAGCUCCGCUGCCAGCAGCUCUCAUCUUUUUAUAAUCUGCCCUGUGUGAACGAUUUCAUCAUCGACAUCCUGCUGGGAUCACCCAGUGCAGAGAUCCGGCGGGUGGCCUGUGAUCAGCUGUACACUCUGAGUCAGAGUGAUACGUCGGCGUACCCGGAGCUGCAGAAGCCCAACCUGUUUCUACUGAAGGUGGUACUGACCGCCCAGCUCCCUCUGUGGUCUCCUACCAGCGUCAUGAGGGGCAUCAACCAGAGGUUGCUUUCACAGUGCACAGAGUAUUUUGACCUGCGAUGCCAACUCCUGGAUGACCUGACCAGCACAGAGAUGGAGCAGCUGCAGAUCAGCCCAGCGGUCAUGUUGGAGGAUGAGAUCAGUUGGCUGGAUAACUUUGAGCCCACGUGGACCAGCGAGUUGGAAACCAGUGAGGCCGACAAUAUACUGCAGGCCGGCCAUCUGCGCCUCAUAAAAACUCUGCUCUCCCUUUGCGGCAGCGAGAAAGAGCAGUUCGGACCCUCCCUUAUCCAGCAGCUUUUGGAUGACUUCCUGUUUAGAGCAUCACGCAUUAUCCUAAACAGCAAUAACCCUUCCAGCACUACAGCUCCUCUCCAUGACUUCCACCCAAAGUGCAGUACAGUGAGCAGUCGGUUGGCAGCUUAUGAGGUGUUGGUGAUGCUGGCUGAUAGCUCUCUCACCAACCUGCAGCUCAUCACUCGAGAGCUGCUGUCUAUGCACCACCAGUCCGACCCCUCCCUCACUAAGGAAUUUGAUUACCUUCCUCCAGUGGACAGCCGAUCUGUGUCAGGAUUUGUGGGACUGAAGAAUGGAGGAGCAACUUGCUACAUGAAUGCUGUUUUCCAACAACUCUACAUGCAGCCUGGCUUACCUGAAUCUAUCUUGUCAAUAGAAGACGACACAGAGAACCCAGAGGAGAGUGUUUUCUGUCAGGUGCAGUCUCUAUUUGGCCACCUGAUGGAGAGCAAGCUGCAGUACUAUGUACCUGAGAACUUCUGGAAGAUCUUUAAGAUGUGGAAUAAGGAACUGUAUGUGCGAGAGCAGCAGGAUGCCUAUGAGUUUUUCACCAGCCUGGUGGACCAGCUAGAUGAACAUCUAAAGAAAAUCGGAAGAGAGCAGAUCUUUAAGAACACAUUCCAGGGCAUUUUCUCUGACCAGAAGAUAUGCAAAGACUGUCCACACAGGUAUGAGCGUGAAGAAACCUUCAUGGCACUGAACCUAGGGGUGACGUCGUGUCAGAGUCUGGAGAUUUCUCUGGAUCAGUUUGUGAGAGGAGAGGUGCUAGAAGGCAGCAAUGCCUACUACUGUGAGAAAUGCAAAGAGAAGAGGACCACAGUAAAACGCACCUGUAUUAAAUCAUUGCCCAGUGUGUUGGUUAUCCAUCUCAUGCGCUUUGGCUUUGAUUGGGAGAGUGGACGCUCCAUCAAAUAUGAUGAACAGAUCAGGUUCCCAUGGGUGCUGAACAUGGAGCCAUACACAGUGUCUGGCAUGGCUCGGCAGGACUCCAGUGCUGACCAUGGUGAGAACGGCAGGGGUGGAGAGGCUGGGCCUGGAGGAUCUCCUCGCAAGAAAGUGACAAUCUCUGAAAACUAUGAACUGGUGGGAGUGGUGGUCCACAGUGGCCAGGCACAUGCAGGACACUACUACUCCUUCAUCAAAGACCGCAGGGGCAGUUCGCGAGGCCGGUGGUAUAAAUUUAACGACAACGUUGUGGAGGAGUUUGACAUGAACGAUGAGACUCUAGAGUAUGAAUGCUUUGGAGGAGAGUACAGACCCAAAGUUUAUGAUCAGUCUAAUCCAUAUCCGGAUGUGCGGAGACGCUACUGGAAUGCCUACAUGCUCUUCUACCAGCGCAUCAGUGACCAAAACUCUCCUGUGCUGCCCAAAAAGAGCCGUGUCAGCGUCAUGAGGCAGGAAGCCGAGGACCUAUCUCUGUCAGCCCCUUCCUCUCCUGAGAUCUCUCCGCAGUCAUCCCCGCGGCCACCGAGAGCCAACAACGAUCGACUCACUCUGCUUACCCGCCUGGUUAGGAAAGGAGAGAAAAAGGGCUUGUUUGUGGAGAAGAUGCCUGCCAGGAUCUACCAGAUGGUGAGGGAUGAGAAUCUGAAGUUCAUGAAGAACAGAGAUGUGUACAACAGUGACUACUUUAACUUCACCUUGUCCCUGGCCUCUGUCAAUGCGACGAAGCUGAAGCAUCCAUCCUAUCAGGCCAUGGCAAAGACCAGCCUGCAGCUGGCUGUGCAGUUCCUCUUCCAUACCUACCUGCGCACCAAGAAGAAGCUCAGGGUAGACACAGAGGAGUGGAUAGCCACAGUUGAGAUGCUGUUGUCUAAGAGCAGUGAGGCAUGUCAGUGGAUGGUCCAGUACCUGGUGGCCACUGAGGGUCGGGAGAUCAUCAAAAAUUGCCUGUUGGAGUGCAGUGUUCGAGAGGUGCGUGUGGUGGUGGCAUCCAUCUUGGAGAAGACUUUAGAGAGUGCACUAUAUUUCCAGGACUCUGGGCUGGACUGCCUCCUGGACAUGUUGCUGUCACUGCUGGACAAGGAUGUGCCAGAAAACUGCAAGAAUUGUUCACAGUACUUCAGCCUGUUCAGCAACUUUGCACAAAGAGGAUUCGGGCCUUGUCAGUUGUUGUUGAAACAUGCUGCUUAUCGACGGAUGCUCAUCUUCCUCUUGGGUCCUAACCGACAGAAUAAUCAGAAUCGUCGGUGGAGUUCGGCUCAGGCACGAGAGUUUUUGCACCUGCAUAACACGCUGGCUCUGGUGGUGUUACACACAGACCUCACAUCUCAGAGGACAGAGGCUCCUGGUAUGUUCAAACACAGCUCCUCUGGCGUUGUGGCUCCAUCCUCACCUCUUUUGCCACUACACCCAGAUGUCAACACUCUGCUCUUUAAACCUGAGGGACAGCCUUACCUUAUGGAGGUAAUGUUAGCCAUGCGUGAGCUGUCUGGGCCUUUGUCCUUCCUCAUAGAGAUGGUGACAUACUGCUGCUUCUGUAACGAGCCCUUCUCUCUGGGAGUGCUGCAUCUGCUCAAGAAUCACCUGGAGACGGCUCCUCCUCAUGAGCUAAAGAAUGUCUUCCAAAUGCUUCUGGAGAUUCUGAUGGUAGAGGAUCCUCUACAGUCCCAAAGACUGAAAUAUGCAUUUGAGUCUGAGAAAGGGCUUCUGGCUUUGAUGCAUCAGAGCAACAAUGUGGACAGCAGCCGCUGCUACCAGUGUGUGAAGUUCCUUGUCACUCUAGCUCAGAAGUGUUCUCCUGCUAAAGACUACUUCAAAGAGCUUUCAGGCCACUGGAGCUGGGCAGUGCAGUGGCUGCAGAAAAAGAUGUCUGAGCAUUACUGGACGCCUCAGAGCAAUGUGUCCAAUGAGACGUCCACGGCUAAGACCUUCCAGCGAACCAUCUCAGCACAGGACACGCUGGCCUAUGCUACAGCUCUAUUGAAUGAGAAGGAGCAAUCUGGAAGCAGUAAUGGCUCUGAUGGCAGCCCAGCCAAUGAGAACUCUGACCGCAGCCUCAGACAGGGCUCAGAGUCUCCUAUGAUGUUGGGUGACUCAAAGAGUGAUUUAGAAGAUGUUGACCCCUAACUCUCUUCAUCAGCAGCAGGGGCACUUUUUUACACUAGCAAAAAAAAUCCCUCCAAUGGAGAGACAUUGUGGCUCCAAGCAGCCAAUCAAAAGACUGCAUUUGCCCUCCUAUGGGCAGGAAAUGGAUUUCCGGAAAACGAAAGGCAGCAACGCAUCCAAUCAGAGCGCUGAGUCCCAUACUGCAAGCGGGGCUCAGUAGAACAUGGAGGAGUUUUUUUUUUCUUUUCUUAAAACUUUUCACACCGAACUACAAGAUUCAGUGGUGCCGAGGGAGGGGUGGGAGUUUUAAAACAAAGGAAAAAUGAAAUGAUGUUUUGUGGAUAUUUGCCAAUAUAAUGAGAGAUACUAUUCAUGAAAACUUAAAGCUGUGUUCAAUAGGUGUAAUUUCAAAUGUAAAGUAAUAUUUUUAAGAAUCCUGUACCCCCCCCCCCCCCCCCCCCCCCUUUUCCAUCUGUUUGAGUGGUGCCUCAUGAUCAGCUCUAAGAGGAACUUGCAAGCCUCGGCUAGUUAAAUAAUAACUGAGCCUUUUUUUCACCCCUCUCUUUCUCUUGCUGAUAUUUUUUUAAAUGCACUUUAUAUAUGAGUUCAGUUUGUCAGAGGGGGGCAGGUGAUGUUUGACAAGUUCCUCAUAUAGGGGCGAUUGAGUGGCCAUAUCUCUUGCUGCUUUGCUUUCUUUCUUGUUCUUUCUUUUCUUGCGCUGCCUGGGAAGAGAGUGUGAAAUCUGAGUGCAUUGUGGGAUGGGUCUCGAAUCGCUGCCUCCUUUCUUCAUCCUCACCACAACCAUGGUAACUGGUACGGUGUCCAUGGCAAUUGAGAUGCCCCCCCCAUGGUGUCUGCUCAUACUGCAGGAUUUCUUGGUUCAUUCUGAUAUGCAAAGGGGAGCGUUGUGGUCAUUUAUAGUCUUUUAUUUUUCUUUUUUUUUUCAAACCUGUAGUCCAGUUCUUCUUAAAUCACAGUGGAAAGAAGGACUUUGUGCAGGAAAAGGAAUAGUAGGAACAAAUCAUCUCUCUGGUCUUCACUUUUCUCCAUAAGAACCUUCCUGGAAUAAGUGCCAGAAGCAGCCAACUGACCUCUUAUGGUGGAAGUUUUUUUGUUUGUUUGUUUUUGCGUUAUUUUCUGUAUCUGAUGUUUUUCUCUUUUGCUGUGACUUUGUCUCAGGCCUGCUGCCUCAUCCGGAUGCCAACUCAAGCCACGGCUACACAUGUUGUCUUUCGCUCCUGGUUCCCUCUCUUGGCUCAGUUUUGCCACUCUAUGGCUGUGCAGUUGGAGCAGAUGUUUUUCGUCAGCAUGCAGCCUGACGUCUGACUGUUCUUGCUCAGAACUGUACACAUCUAAUCAUUCAGUGGCCACACGCACACUCAAAAACUACACCCCCAGCUAUAAAUCUUCUUGCUGGAUGAACACACAUUGUGUACAAAGAGUCUGGAGGCUUAAUAGGACAAGAGCUAGUCAUAUCACACAAUCAACCUCAUGCGCGAUGCUUUUGAGCUUUAACUUUUGAUGCUUGUUCAGGGGUUUUACUUUGCCAACAGCCGUUUUAUGAUUAUUUGCUUGUAUGUGUUUACUUGUAUCACUUCUGUCUGCCUUAUAGCACACAUACAUGGUGGAAAGUGGAGGACAGGGAAGGAGGAGUGGGGGAAAAUGAUAGCAACAGACAACUGGAGAAGAGUGCAGAGAUGACAUGGUUCAGUUUGUGGAGCCCGCAAGUGCCUUUACCCCAGUCCUCCUUUACAAAUCUUUCAGUUUCCCUCAGUUAUGAUUUACAAAUCACACAGCGACAGCACUGCUGCGCUCAUCGUCGAGUGCCAAAAGAAGAAAAGGAGUGCUUUGCAGGGUGCCAAGGUCAGUGUGGUACUCGUUUUGACCCCUGGCUUUGAUUAUGCUGACCGGAUUCUUCACUCUUGUCCAUUUCACUUGGAAGCUUUUUGUCUCUUUCUGUCUUCUUCUGUGCCAGAGUGGAAUCAGAAGCUCAGUCAGAGCAUAGUCAGGCAGAGUAUGUUGCUUACUUUGUACUUAGACUAGACUAGAGCGCUUGGAUACUUUCACACAAUGUUUACAAACAGACCUAUCUCAACACUGCACCGCGUGAUGCCGUUUGCUUUUCAGAAAGGAACGUUGCAUGAAAUGUCUUUCACUUGCCAAUCAUGAGGUUUAUCUCUCAGUUGUUAUAGAACUUAAAUGAUGCGGAUUGGCUUGUGCAAGUUCCUGAACAAUCAUCCUUAAACAGUGAAGAGAAAUGCUGUCGUUUACCUCAGUGUCACCUGCUGUUCAUAUGUCUGCACCUGGGUGUCAUAGUUACUGUGCUUCUUUGCUUAUGCAUGUAUGUCAGUGAAUGUAAGUGUGGAAAGCUUGACUUUGAUGUCUUUUGUUAAAGCUGUUUAUGGGUCACUAGAACCCCCUACAGAGCAAACCAAGGGUCUUUUUUGCCCACAAUACCGUUUUAGCCUCUUUUUCUGCUUCUUAGCAACCAAUCAGCUACAGCCAUCCACUAUAGUUUUAAUCUCUUUCAUUUAAAAGUGUGUGGUCAGGUGAAUGAAAUGGUUUUUAGGAUAAUCAGAUGCUGAAGUCCACAUGUUGCCGUGUUGUUUUAUGGUUUCUCAUAAGCCCAGGCCUCAUAUUGCUAGAGUUUCUGCUGUAGCGCAGGCCAGUUCAGGCUUGGUUCAGGAGGGCACAGUUCACCAGACCAGUGCCUUGACCCAAGGAAGAUCUCUCGCAGAGGCACUUUCACUCAGAAACCUCAAAACAACCUCCUUUAUCAGUUCGUCACAUGCAGGAAAGAGCUUGCAAUAGCCCUGUAUUUGGACAGAUGCUCGAACUUCACUCAGUGCUGAACUUUUCCUCGGAAAGGCAGAAGCUGAAUGGGUAGCUCAGCUCUUAAUGGAAGGUGGACAAACUUUAAGUAGAGACUAAACGCUUUGAACUCAGCCUCCAUUCUUUUUCCAUCCCCUUUGCGAUUGUCGUGUUCCCCUCUCUCGAGCGUUUUUAAAUAGCAGGUGAUUGGCCGGGGCUGGAGACACUUAAAGGGUUUUAUUUACUGAUUAGAUCAUGCUCCUCUCCCGAGGACGUGUGACUUGUCAAAAUUCAGAAAUGCAUGUUAAAACCACAUUUUAAUUUGUACAUCAGAGUUUGAUUAUGGGAACUAUUUGAUAUAAAACAAUGAAUAAAACUGGAAUGCACAACCUUUUAUAAA